AAUUGGUCCUGGUGUUUUUUUGGUGCAACCCUGCUUUUCUUUAGAAGUUCACUUUUCUGAACAGCCCAGAUAGCUUCUCCGGAGCCGAAAAAACCACAUCAACUCCAACCCUACGGCCAACUUUCUUAAGGUUGUGAGAUAUCUUACGCAGGUAUGGUAAAACAGGUAAGACUGGUGGCUGUCAUCGCUGGAGCUGUGUGCCGUGCUCGUUCGCUGGCCUUCUGCAUCCGCCGGGGUAUCCUGCCUCCAGAGGUUCGGGCCUUGUUCGGUGGUUGGGCACCCUCACCGGGCCACGGAACUAGGAUAUGCAGAAUCCUACGAGCGGAGUAUCAAUGGCAGAUACGGCUGUACAGGGAGUGCCUGUAUCUUCGCCUACUUGAUGGAGCUGAUUCGUCUGGCAGAGGAUCAAGGUGGCGGGAGUUCUCCCGCACUAUCGACAGAACUGUUGAAUUCUUGUGGCGUCAAACUUUGAUGCACCUUCGAGCCAGCAUCCCAGAGACGACACCAGCUGUGGGAAACCUGGUUCACAAGUUGGGCGACGUUGAACUCCCAGUGAAAAUGGAACGAGCCCUGAGCCAGGGCCCGAAGUUCGCGGCCGAACCAAGAAAAUCGCCUCCUGAGCUGCUAACGAUGGUGAGACAAGUUUCCGGACGAGCUCCAGAGUCUGAAGUCGACAGAUGUAUAUCUGAAGGCGUGGACGUGUUGUUACAAGCCCUCGGGGUCCAAGGUUCCGCUGAAAAGCACUGUCACCUAUUUAAAAGAAAAUUCCGUCUUUAUUACCAGCGGAUAAAGAGGGAGGCUUCGUAGUGGUGCUUAAGGGGGUGUUUAUGUCUAAAGCGUCAGACGCCAUAACGGCCACGUUUGAGCGCAGGAAUGACGUGUCACUUUCGAAGGUGAAAACUAAAGCACAUAGGCUUUGCAAACAGCUAAGCCUAGAUAAACUGGGCCAAGCGAUUGAUAAGGGCAAAUGCUUAGGUUUAGAUUUAUUUUUUUCUGCCAAAACGCACAAGAUUAACUGUCCGCUACGCGUGAUUGUGUCGGAGAAAGGGACAUGGCAAAAAUCUGUGGCUUCAUUUUUGCCAACAAAACUAAAUAUGUUAAUGAUUGAUGAUCCCUUUCGGGUGAAGAACUCUGAUCAGAUACUAGAUUUUUUUAAAGACCAUCCAGACCGAAGCUCAUUGGCUUGCUCAAUUGACAUUAAAGAUUUGUACUAUUCGAUUCCCCAUAAAGAGCUGUUGGCAUCUGUGGAAGAAUGUAUUGACAGUCAUGGUACCGUGGCGUUUCAGAAUGAAUCUGGACUUAGUGAGAGUCACUUUCUAGAACUUUUAUCUUUUUAUCUCAAGUCGACGUUCGCGAUCUGGGAUGACGGUGUUUUUAUUCAGAGAAAUGGCGUGUGCAUAGGGUCAUGUAUAGCCCCAGUACUUAGCGAUAUAUUUUUUGCGUUCCACGAUAAAGUCCUGUCAGGCAAGCUGGAAGGAACCAAGGUGGGGAAAAUUUUUAGAUUCGUAGACGACUAUUUGGUGCUCCUAGAUUGUGACAAUGAGGAAAUAGAUUCGGCUGUGUCGUUUGUCCUGUCAACGUUCAAAGAGUGUCUGAAACCGCUGGUGCUGACGCAUGAAGUACCUGUAAAUGGGGCCAUUAGGUUUCUGGAUCUGAGCCUGCAACUUGGUCAUGGCCAUGUGUGCUGGAUAUAUGAGCCAAGGGCAAAGAAACCCAUCUUGCCUUUUUCCUCAGCGCAUUCCAAACUUGUGAAAAGAGGAAUUGUUAACCUUUGUUUUAGAAAUGCCCUGUUCAAGUCUUGCCCCCACAGGGUGAAAGAAAGCUUCGACACACAAGCAGCAAGGCUCAGACAUGCGGGAUAUCCGUCUUACCUGUUGACGACAGUUGCUGAGAGCUUACUUAAAAAAGGACGUGAGGAAACUACCCAGCAGGCUCGUAGGGUUAACAAAAAAGUAACUGUUUUACCAUACCUGCACAAGAUAUCUCACAACCUUAAGAAAGUUGGCCGUAGGGUUGGAGUUGAUGUGGUUUUUCGGCUCCGGAGAAGCUAUCUGGGCUGUUCAGAAAAGUGAACUCCUGUUCUAAAGAAAAGCAGGGUUGCACCAAAAAACACCAGGACCAAUUCGUAGACUGUG